GUGGAAUUUGCGAGGAGCAGCUACUGUGUUACGCAGCUCUGCAUGAUGCCGAACAAAAAAUUAAUGCAUAACUCCAAUAAAUUUAUGCCUAUACAAUUAGCAAAGUACUCUGAGCUAACUUUUAACUUAUACUGUCAUUUUGACUAAAGGAUUUAUCAUUUUUCUGAAAAUUUAUCUCAAUUUCACAUUUUUACAUAGUAGCAGUUACAUUUGGCAACAAGGCAAACCUUUUCCCGUUGGCUGCUCAGUCACUUCCUAGUCAAAAGAUUUUCUUCAAUUACAAACAAAAAAUAAAUUUAUUUCACUGAAAAAAAUUGCAAGUUUUAUCAUAAAUUCCAUAAAGUUUGACACAAGUCUAUUUUUCUUCGACAAUUUUUUUGUUGUUAAAAGUUUUAUCGUGAGUGUUAUUUUUCUAAUGGAAAUUAUAUACCUGGCAACAGGCUAGUGAGCGUCAUAUUAGAGAUUAUUGUGGAAUCUAUGUUAUAAAAAUUUAUUUCAUCCCUUUGGGCAUCUUAAAAUAUCAUUUCAUUGAAAGGAGAAAGUAUAUUUUUCAAUAUUGUGAGAAAAAAAAGAGUGUCUUCAACGGAAUUUAAUUAUUGCAUCAAGAGAAGGAGAAUCUGAUUGUCUUGCAUACAACUGUGUUAAUGAAUAUAAAAACCAUGGAUAAGAAUUGGAUUCAUAAAAUGACAUAUUCCACUGACAUAGAGGUGGGUAGCUGAAAUUUGUGAGAAAAAGAAUUGAUAAAUCGAAAUAAUUGUUUUUUUAAAAUUAAAAAUGGACAAAAUGAUAAGGGAAUGAUUAUUCUGUUAAUGAAUCGCUGAUGGUAGUUGGACGAUUAAGUGAAACGAUGGAGGAACCUGCGAAGAAAAAGCAACGUAUCAACAAUGAAGAAGAGGAAGAUGAUGCAAUUACUGAAAUUGAGAGGUUUCAAACAAGUUUACUCGCACAAUGUUUGUGCAAUAUUCCCGAGAGUAGUUUACGUAAACCAUUCACUGGAACGACUGUCGAGACGGCAAAUGGUGAAUAUCGAACAACAUUGCUCUCUGAUUGGGAACCGGACAAAACACUUGAAUUUAUAAGUGCCUUACAAUUAUUGUUUGACGUUGCAAUUAAACAGAGUACAAAACACAUAAUGUGUAGUCGUAUUGCCGAUGUUUGUGAGGCAUUGGCACGUAAUGAACAUGGAAUCAUUGAUCAAAUAAUCGAUCUCUCUGGUACGUCGAAUAAAUUUAUUUCAUUUGCCGCGAGUCGUGCAUUGGCAUCAUUUUUUAUUGUCACAAAGGAGAAUAUUGAAGCUUCAUGGCUUGAUAGAUUGACACAAUCAUUGUUAAAUACACAUUCACCGAGUCAAAUGCUUUUUACAUUGGACGUGGUGAAGAGGGUAGUUGAACACAGGGAUGAUAGACGACAUCCUGUUGAGGAUGCUGAAAAUCCUGGUGUUCCUUUACAUUGUAAUAUUGUACAACUUGAUCCCGAAUCGGAGGAUUCAACAGCAGUGAAAGCAAUGUGUGUGAAGGCAUUGGAAACCAAAUGGAUUAUUCUUGUAUCGAAAUUUGAUACAAUACUUGGCUCGUAUACACCACAACAUGAACCGGCGGUGAUUAUUUUCCUUGAACUUUGGGAAUCAAUUAUAUCAGUAAAGGCAAAUCUCUCGGUGAUUGAUACAAAAAUGUUCUUCUCACAAUUGGAUAAUAUGGUGAUGCAUUUGAAUGUUAAUGUUCCGGGUGUGAUUUGGCGACAUCUUCUUGGAUUGUUCAAUGAAGUUCUCUGUUAUGGAAGUACCCUAUCGCUGCAGGAUAUUCUACCUGAUGAACCAUGCUCAUUGGCACAUUUAAUUGUUCGUGCAGUGAAAGAUUGGAGACUUUUGGAUGCUUUACCCUAUCGUCAAGGAUCGGGACGAUUUGGUGGUGGUUCUGGCGAUGGUGAUCGGCCUCUAUUGCAAAAAAUUGUUCUACUUGUGCUGAAGAGUGUUGCUGUCACAGUUAAAGAGACACGAAGUGAUUCAAGUGACUCGUCAUUGGGUUCAGAAGCUGAGGAUAUUGAUGCAGAUAUGGCGGUGAUUGAGAGAAGUAUACGCGAAGUAUUGAGACAAUUGGAUCAUUGUGUGAAGACGCUGUUGCCAUUUCAUCCGGAAAUGCCAUUAUCGCAAUGGGUCGUUCAGGUAUUUAACGAUCAAGAUGAUUUUCUCAUUGAGGGAAUGGUCUGUUGUUUGGAUGUGGCUGUUGGAUUAUUUUAUCGUGGUCCACCGCAAAAUGAUUUGGGACCAAUGCUGAGACCAACUUUGACAUUUAUGCAAUUUGUACGAGCAAUAUCGUAUGAUCCAUCGGUAUUAGUUGAUUUAUUAGUUGGUACGGAGACAUGUUUUUUGCUUUAUCUUCUUAGGUUUUUGAAAUAUAUUAAGAGAAAUUGGUCCGAAUUUGUAUCAUGUUGCGGCGAUGAAUUGGACAAUACAAUGACAGUGCUUAUUAGAUUGAGAUUAACGGUCGAUAGGCUUGUUUCGAAAACACUUUUUCAAUAUAAUAUCAGUCCAAUACUUCGUUUAUUAGAAAAAUGCGAAUCACUUUACGAGGGGAAUGUGGACAAUUAAUUUUGUCAAGACAUUGCUUUAUUCAAGGAAUU